CAAUGGAUUUUUAUAUCAGAUAAUUGCAUAUCACAAUUCAAUAAAUAAAAGAGAAAAUGUAAAAGCUUGCUGAUCAUGGUGGAAAAUACGAUUUAAAGAGCCACAAUUGUUAACAUGUAGCCUGGAAAAUUUUAAUGUAUAUUAUCAAGUAUACUACCUUUUUCUAUGCUUAAAAGUAUUCGUUCAGUAUUUAUUUUUAUUUAUUAAAUAGAGAAAGAUUAUCAAAAAUUCGCAGCAUUGUAUUUUAAUAAAUUAAUCAAGGACUCUACUUAAAUAUACAGUAUCAUAAAACUUAGAGAAUUAAAAUAAUUAAUUAAAUAAAAAAAGGAUGUUAGUACAUUUAAAUUGUGA